UGUUUCGGGCCGAUUCAUGUAAGUGCGUGAAGUACGGUUGUGGCAACGUUCGCGGUCGGUGGCAACGCAACCAAACCGGCCACCAACUUCUAGCGAGCCCAACGCCCACAAUCAGUCAGCACUAAACUUGCACCAGCCUUGUCAGCGUAGCGUAAGCUAAGGUCGUAUAGUUCAACACUAGGACGUCCACCCUAGCCAGUAUGGACGCCCUUUACGCCGAUGGCGCACACGGAGAUGAUGAUGUAACGAAAGGGCCAUGGACGCCAGGUGCUGUGAGGGACUAUGACCUAUUGUCGGGGCGUUGGUGUCCGUGGUGGACCGGACAACUUUCUUAACGAUGACGCUUUUGGCGCAGAGGAGGACGCGGUUCUGCGCCAGCUUGUUUUAGCUCAGGGCCCUAGGAACUGGACAUCAAUUGCAUCCUGCAUUCCGGGGCGGUCGGGCAAGAGCUGCAGGCUGCGAUGGCUGAACCAGCUCAGUCCUGCCGUGAAAAGCGGGCCCUUUUCCGCUGAAGAGGACGCUGUCAUCCUCUGGGCGCACAUGCAGUACGGCAACAAGUGGGCCAGCAUCGCCAAACACCUGCCCGGCCGCACCGACAACCACAUUAAGAACCGCUGGAACUGCACCCUCAAGAAGAAGCACUCCGAGAUCAUGGCCCAACUCCGUAACGAAACCGGCCCCGACGGCAUCGUCUCCAUCGCCGCCAUCCACAACGUCCUCAUCACGCAGCAGGGAGGAGGGGGUCGCGGACCGCUGGUCCGGGGACCCGGGCCAGCACGCGGCCCCGGGUCUCCCGGUGGCCUGCUGGGCCCCCUCCCCGGGCUGGGCGGGCUGGGACGCGAUCCGGGCGGCGUGGCGUCAUUGCUGCCUCCCGCCUUCAGCGGCGGCCUGGGCGCCGGCCUCCCCGGCGGCCUGCCCCCCGGCCUGCCCCCGGCCCUGGGCGGGCUGCCCGGUCAGCUGCCUCCCAUGAUGCUGGGCCCUAUGGCCACCGCAGCGGCGAUGGCGGAUCAGGAGCGGCGGCUGAGGCUGGUGGGGGCGGGCGGCGGCGGCAGCGCCUUCUCAUUGUACGGCAACGGCAGCCUCAAACAGUCUGAUGAGCAACGGGGCAUGAAGCGGAGUCGAGGGGACGGUGAGGGGGGCAGCUCAGACGCCGAGUCGGAUGAGGAUACCGCAGCCGUCGCCCUGAAGCAGCUCGCACAUCAAGAUCCCCGGGAGGGCCACGAGGGCCCCAACGUCCUCCUCAACCUCAACAACCUCAACCUCCUCAACCACCACCACCACAUGAACGGUGCGGCCAACAACGGUAACAGCAGCCACCAACACAACAGCAACAGCAACAGUGCUAACCGGGGUGGCGAGGAGGACGGGGGCGCAGGAGGACCUGGCAGCGCAGCACGCAACGGCGGCAGCGGCAGCGGCGGCACUGAGGAUGAGGAAGAGGGGCGCGCGGGUGAACGCGGCGAGGGGGAGGGAAACAGCCCCGGACCGGGCCAGCAGCGUAACCAGCAGCUGCAGCAUCACCAAGGUCGCCGCGGGGAGGGUCUUGAUGAUGGGGAGGAGGACGGCGAGGAGGAGGACGAGGAGGAUGGGGAUGGGGAUAGAGACGGUGGUGAGGGCGACCGCAGCGGAGGUCGGGCUGCAGCGGGCAGCACGGGACACGCCGGCAACCCGGGCAGCGCCGGCAAGAGCCGGCAGGGCUCAGGCGGACCCCACAACACCCACAACAAUACCUCCUCCUCGGGGCAUCAACUGAAGCGCGAACGGGACGACGCUCUUGGGCCCCCAGGCAGCGGCGGCGGCGCCAACAAGCCGGG